CAGGAACCCCUUUACAUUUUUUACUUACUGAAAAAGUACAAAGGGAAAAAGUAUGAAGAACAAAAAGGCUAGUACUCCCACCAUCCGAUGACAAUCAGUAUUAAUGUUUUAAAGUAUUGUAUUCAAAUUCUUUCCCUAGGCUGUGGGCAGGUGGGGUGGGAGUCUAAGACCUAAAAAUUGAAUUUCAGGUUUAUGGGUGUUCCUAUUAUUUAUUCCAUCAGAAUAAGAGGUCUGGAUGCUUUGGCACCAAGGGGCUCUGGGACACGACAGUGAGGUGAGGGGCCCCAGACCAGUGCUUAAGGACUCGCACUAGACCCAGAGGCAUCACCGGGCUGGGGAGCUGCUACCCAGAGGGGAGAGAGUUUGUAGGUGUCCUUGCCCACAGAAAGCUGAGGGAGGAUGGAAAUGGAUCAGAGGAGAGAAGAGAAAAUAGGGAGGCGAUGCAGGCUCUGACAAAGGGGAUGGAGGGAUGGGGAAGGAAGCCAGAGGACAGAAGAGGAGAGAACUCCUUAAAGAUUAGGAAGCCAUUUCUGAAUCUCCAGCCUUCCAGGUGGGACAGGUGGGACAGCUCCGUCCCCUUCAGGCACCUUAUUCCUGUCCCUCCCAUUGGAGGGGACAGUGCAGGCAAAGGAGCGCAAGUGGGAGGGGGAGACCGGAGGUGAACUUAGGGAAGAGGGGGGUGCCUUUCUUCCCCUGGGACCCAAGGACCAAAGACUGUGCCCUUGAUGGCCAGCCCCGUGCACCUGCUCUGUGCGGCUCUGACCGGGCCCUCCCGCCCCUCCUCCCUCCAGGACUGGCUUUAUGGGUUGAGUGUUUCCUGGGCAGGUGCUCCUUUCCUCGGCCGGCCCCUGCUUAUCAGCUCAUCUACACCCCCCACCUCACCCUUAUCGCUCUUUCCAUCUCCUUAGACUGGAAGUCCCAAGGCUUCGGAGGUCAUUACAGCCCCACACUGCCCAACCCCCAGCAAAGCAGAAAAAUGUCCCACAAGGUGACCCCUCCCCCUGGCCAGCCGGCAUCUCCCCCCUCCCUGGGUGAGAGCAUGUUUCCUCCUGGUCUCAGGCACCUCCUCUUCCUUUCCUUUUUUAUAUUCCUUUCAGUUUUUGUCCUUCUCUAAAGGUUAUUUUGUCCAUCCUUCAAUCUCUAGAGGAGCCCUCUCUUUCUUACAGCAAAAGAAGACAGGCGUCCCUGCUCCUGAAGACCCCCAAGGGGGAGGGUCCCCAGCCUAUCUCCACCCAAGCCUCUCCUCUUUCUAGGUAGAAGGUUCCCCAGAAGCAGCGAGAUCUGACGGCUGAUUUGGACCAGCUCCAGUUUUGCCACCAGCUGUGGGUAAUCACACCUACUUCUCCGUGCUCUGUCUUCUCACUCAGGAAAUACAAAGAGAACCUUCAUCUGGCUCCCAGAUGCACUGAAAGCUCACCUAACUGAUCUGGAAGGACUCAGAGCCAGGAUUCAAACUCGGACCUGCUGAUUGCUGAGCUGGAGGGCUUGGCUUCCGUACUCUCCUGCACCCCAGAGCCUGAAAGGAGAAGGCAUGGGGGCUUCUCCACCCAAGGCAAGAGGACUCUGGAUCCAACUCCAGAAACUUCUGACCUCGCUGGUAGGACAGCAAGACCGGGAUCAGGGUCUGGACGAGGCCUACAUGCUGCAGCAGAAGAGAAUCCGAGAGUCUCCUCUGCUUCGGGCAGCCAAGGAGAAUGACCUGUGUGUCCUGAAGGAGCUUCUGGUGGACCAAACCUGUGACUUUCAGCAACGAGGAGCUCUGGGGGAGACCGCGCUGCACAUAGCCGCCCUCUAUGACAACCUGGAGGCCGCCAUGGUGCUGCUGGAGGCCGCCCCGGAGCUGGUCAAGGAGCCCACCAUAUGUGAGCCAUUUGCAGGUCAGACGGCACUGCACAUAGCCAUCAUGAACCAGAACAUGAACUUGGUGAGAGCCCUGCUUGCCCAUGGGGCCAGCGUGUCUGCAAGAGCUCUAGGCUCAGCUUUCCGCCUCAGUCCCCGCAACCUCAUC